AUGAUACUCAGCAGAAACGAGCUUCGUCUGGACGAUGGCUCGGCUCUCAGCGAGUGUCCCCGCAGCCGUUUCCUGCUUGACACAGACUACAUCAGUGAGGAGGAGAAGCACAGGGUGGAGCUGAUGUUGGCCUUUCUCACCGAGGAGUCCAAGCAGGCUGCAGCCAGCACAGCUCCCACCAGCGAGGAAGACCUCUGUCCCAUCUGCUACGCCCACCCCAUCUCUGCCAUCUUCAAGCCCUGCUCACACAAGUCCUGCAAAGCCUGCAUCAACCAGCACCUGAUGAACAACAAGGACUGCUUCUUCUGCAAGGCCACCAUCACCGGAGUCGAGGACUACAGCAAGCCGGCCUCCUCCUAACACACACACACACACACACACACACACAUGCAGGGUGAAAUGAGGCACCAUAACUACACACAAAAAACCAGAGCAGUGAUGUGAAGACAGCAGCAGAACCAGCUGUCACAUUAGCACAACGGCACCUCCACCUGUCAAAGCGAGUACACCACGCGCACAGACACACACACAGACACACACAGUGCUACAGGGCAACAGGAUGCAGGCGUGUCGCCUCUGCAGAAACACACAAACAGGAAACAAAGGAGAACCUCAUCCUCAGCAGAGGAAGGCUUCCUCCAGGACUCCCACAGUAAUUUAACACAGACACACAAAACUCACAUAAAACACACGAGAAGGUCGACAAAGAGCCAAACAACCGCAGAUAGGAUCCAGCGUCCUCCAUCACCACCUGAUCCACAGCUCAGAGAGCUGUACCUGUACACACACGCCUGCUGGACUGUUGUUACCCUGCUGUGACAGAGUUUCUGUCCUUAUCACCGUCAGGCUCCAGAUUCAGUGUCACAAACAAAGAGGGCGUCACUGCUGUUGAAAAGCUGCUUUAAGAUAAACGUCCACAUCAUUAAGAAGUGAUUUCAGGUCUCAUAAACUUCAUUCACAGCAGAACACAGAAACAUGUGACCUGUUCAAAUCGGUUAAAUAAACAAACGUCCAUCCUUUAACUACAGGCUGCUCUUCAUCAGUAAAAUUCAAACCGUCAGCAGAUGUUUGAACUGUUCUCCACGAAUCAGAGAAAACCUGAACCUGGCGUGGAUGAGACGCACAUGUGUAUCCGGAUUACUGCGCUGAUGAUGAUGACGGUGGUGUUUCUGCUGGAGGAGUCGUUGCGUGCUCGCUGUACUCUGCUGUUAGUUCCACAGUUAUGAUUUCACACAUGUUCACACUGUGGGGCGCCGUUUGUAAAAUGAAACAUGCUGAAAUUAACUGCAAUAUUUUUCCACAUUUAGCUA